GUACUUACCUAUUAUGUUGGGAAAUGCAGGAUGAGGACCUGCAGGAGUCGGAUCCAGUAGACAUAGCGAUUGGACUGGAGAUAGGCUCAGGGUGCCAGUUUUACUCGUCAACCAAAAUGCCGAGGCCUAUGACGUGCUUUGUGACUGUUUCUCACAGGUACUAUCCCAGGAUGAAAAGCAAUCGGUAACAUCAAUUGGCAGUCUACACUGGGCUCAUUGGCUCGGCAAGUAAGUCGUCUCGAGUUGCAAAUAUAUAAAAGAUUCCGGUUGCAACUGUCCUUGGUCGCCCUAUCUGAAAUCAGAGCGUGCAAGACUUACUCCGCACAAUCUUUUCUGGUUUCUCUUUCUCUUCAUCACCAAACGAUCAAUUACAUAUCAAGCCCACCGACCUUCUCAGAAAUUUGUCACGAUGGGUGUCAACAAGACUGUCCUCCAGGAGGGUGCAGGUGCUCAACCCAGCCCCGGUGACACUGUCACCAUCGAGUACACCGGCUGGUUGAAGGACACCAGCAAGCCUAACCAGAAGGGUAACAAGUUUGACUCCUCUGUCGGCCGUGGUGACUUCGUCGUCCAAAUUGGUAUCGGUCAGGUCAUCAAGGGUUGGGAUGAGGGUGUCGUCUCCAUGAAGGUUGGCGAGAAGGCUACUCUGGACAUUUCCAGUGACUUCGGCUACGGCGCUCGCGGUUUCACUGGCCACAUCCCGCCCAAUGCCGAUCUGAUCUUCGAUGUCUAUCUCAAGAACGUUUCUAAGUAGACGCCUCUUUACCCAGGGCCAGGGCUCAUGGUUACGGCUUAGAUUUUGGUAGAAACGGUUGGACGUAGAGGAUGUAAAGAAUCCCCACAAGACCUCCAAUAGCAAAAUCAAGGACCGAUAAUUGAAAAUUUGAAUGAUACGGGA